GUCCUAUCCCUAAAAGAAGACACGGGAGGAGCAGGAGGAAGAGGAGGACAAUGAUGACAAUGAGAGAUGGAGGUGACAAGGGUAGAGAUGGCAGAGGACGUGACGAGGAGGAGCAGAAUGGAGGAGGGGGGGGAGAAGACUACCAGGACGAGGUGGAUGUGGUGAAUGAGGAAAAAGAAGGGGAGCGGAGGAGGAGGAGGAGGGAGGAAUAUGACAAGGGUAGAGAUGCCGGAGGAAGUGACAAGGAGGAGCAGAAUGGAGGAGGAGGAGGAAGGGAAGACUACGAGGACGACGUGGAUGUGGUGAAGAGGAGCAGGAGGGAGAGGAGGAGGAGGAGGGGGAAGUGGGGGAGGGGGAGGGAAGUGGUGAAGGAGGGGGAGGGGGGAGGGGUGGAGGAGGAUUAGGAGGUGGGUUUGAGGGGCGGUAGCAUGGCUGGUAGACACCCACCUGGCUUGAAGUGUCGGAGCUGGCAAGCUGCAGAGGUCAUCGGCGAUGGUGGCGGAAGGAGGAGGUCACUGCUGCUCUGGACGACAUUGAAAGCACCGAAGGACAGCCCUGCUUCCUGAUUUUGAAGCGCAAAGACGGGCCUGCAGCACACCCCAACAAAAUGGCCCCCGAAAC